AUGCAGCUUCUCACUUUGGCCUCGCUCCUCCCCCUCGUCCUCGCGGCUCCUGUCAUCCAGCCCCGGGGCGCCCAGCUCAUCGCGGGCAACUACAUUGUCAAGCUCAAGUCGGGCGCGUCCGAGGCCGCGCUGGAGCACGCCAUUAGCCACCUCAAGAACAAGGAAACUGCCAAGCAUGUCUACCGCGCCAGCAAGUUCAAGGGCUUUGCGGCCAAGCUGAGCGCCGACGUUCUGGACGCCGUCAGCAAGCUGGACGCUGUCGAGUAUAUUGAGCAGGAUGCUGUGAUCACCACCCAGACGCUGGUCAUCGAGGAGAACGUUCCUUGGGGCCUGGGCCGCAUCUCCCACCAUACCACGGGCUCGACCGAGUAUGUGUACGAUGACAGCGCCGGCGAGGGUACCUGCUCGUACAUUAUCGACACUGGCAUCUACGUCGACCACAAUGAAUUCCAGGGCCGCGCGACAUGGCUGGCUAACUUCAUCGACAACAACGACAGCGACGGCGCGGGUCACGGCACGCACGUCUCGGGCACCGUCGGCGGUGUAACCUACGGCGUGGCCAAGAAGACCCAGCUGUACGCCGUCAAGGUGCUCGACUCCAGCGGCAGCGGCACCGUGUCGUCGGUGCUGGCGGGUAUCAACUUUGUGGCCGAGGACGCGGCCACCCGCACGCAGACCUCGUGCCCCAACGGCGCCGUCGCCAACGUGAGCCUGGGCGGCGGUAAGUCGACCGCUAUCAACGAUGCUGCGGCUGCUGCUGUCAGCGCGGGCGUGUUCUUCGCUGUGGCCGCUGGUAACAGCGACACCGACGCGUCGACCUUCUCACCGGCUAGCGAGCCGUCGGUGUGCACUGUUGGUGCGACUGAUGAUGCCGAUGUACGCGCGUACUUCUCCAACUAUGGUUCCCUGGUCGAUGUGUUUGCCCCUGGCGUCGAUGUCCUGAGCAGCUGGCCCGGCAGCCCCGACAGCACUAACACCAUCUCUGGCACCUCCAUGGCUACUCCCCACAUCACUGGCCUCGGCGCCUACCUGCUCACCCUGCUUGGCCCCAAGACGCCGGCCGAGCUGUGCCAGUACAUCCAGGCCACGGCCACCGUCGGCACCAUCACCGACCUCCCCAACGAUACCAUCAACGCUGUUGCUUUCAACGGCGCUGAAUAG